UCAUAAAGAUUUUUGUGCUGGCGACAUUGUUCUUCUUCCAGAAUCAAAAAAGUGUGACGAGCGUUUAUUUUAACAAAAUUAUAAAAUAAAUAACCAGAAAAAUGUCGACACUUGCUGCACCCUUGACCGUCGCGGGGACGAGACAAUCUGGAGCCCCAGUUAGAACUCAAAAUGUGAUGGCAGCCGCAGCAAUCGCUAACAUAGUGAAGAGCUCUCUCGGCCCGGUGGGAUUAGACAAAAUGCUUGUCGAUGACAUUGGAGAUGUUACAGUAACAAAUGAUGGUGCUACUAUACUUAAAUUAUUAGAAGUUGAACACCCAGCAGCUAAAGUAUUAGUGGAGCUUGCUCAGUUACAAGAUGAGGAAGUUGGAGAUGGAACCACAUCUGUUGUUAUAAUUGCUGCUGAAUUAUUAAAGAAUGCAGAUGAACUGGUUAAGAACAAAAUUCAUCCCACUAGCAUCAUCUCAGGAUACAGGUUAGCCUGCAAAGAAGCUGUAAAAUACAUCCAAGACAACUUGACCGUCACUGUUGAGUCACUCGGGAGGCCGUCCAUCAUUAAUGCUGCUAAAACUACAAUGUCUUCAAAGUUGAUUGGAGCUGAUGCAGAUUUCUUCUCCGAGAUGGUUGUAGAUGCGGCCCAAGCUAUCAAGGUCACGGAUUCUAAGGGCAAUGCAGUGUACCCCAUCAAGGCAGUGAACAUUCUCAAAGCCCACGGUCGUAGUGCAAGGGAGAGUGUACUGAUCAAGGGUUAUGCAUUAAACUGCACCGUUGCCUCUCAAGCCAUGCCUAAAAAGAUUGUUAAUGCUAAGAUCGCUUGUCUUGAUUUCUCACUUCAGAAGACUAAAAUGAAGCUUGGUGUUCAGGUACUAGUGACUGACCCGGAAAAACUUGAUGCAAUUCGUGCUCGAGAAUUGGACAUCACAAAGGAACGCUUACAAAAGAUCCUCGCUACAGGAGUUAAUGUAAUUCUCUGCUCUGGGGGUAUCGACGAUUUGUGCCUUAAAUACUUUGUUGAAGCCGGAGCAAUGGGCGUGAGACGGUGUAAGAAGGCUGAUCUGAAGAGAAUCGCAAAGGCCACUGGAGCUGCUUUCUUGACCUCUUUGACUAACAUGGAGGGAGAAGAAGUUUUCGAGCCAAGCAUGAUCGGUGAAGCAGCAGAAGUAGUACAAGAACAAAUAUGUGAUGAUCAGCUCAUACUUAUUAAGGGUCCGGCGGCGCGCACGGCGGCGUCCAUCAUCCUCCGCGGGCCCACGGACGCGUACUGCGACGAGAUGGAGCGCUCCGCGCACGACGCGCUGUGCGCCGUGCGCCGCGUGCUGGAGUCCGGCCGCCUGACGCCCGGCGGCGGCGCCGUCGAGGCCGCGCUCUCCAUCUACCUCGACAACUUCGCCACCACGCUGAGCUCCCGCGAGCAGCUCGCAAUAGCAGCGUUCGCGCAAUCGCUGCUGGUGAUUCCCAAGACUUUGGCAGUUAACGCUGCCAGAGACGCGACAGACUUAGUGGCCAAGCUGCGUGCCUACCACAACUCCUCACAAACUAAGGUAGAACACGCAAAUCUGAAAUGGGUCGGUUUAGAUUUAACGGAGGGGACUCUGCGAGACAAUCUUGCAGCUGGUGUUCUCGAACCCGCUAUAUCCAAGAUCAAGUCGCUGAAGUUUGCCACGGAAGCAGCAAUCACCAUCCUUCGUAUCGAUGAUUUGAUCAAACUCGACCCUGAACAGAAGGGCAAGACUUACGAAGACGCUUGCAAUGCUGGAGAACUAGACUAGUGUACUAAAUAGUGAUCACAGUGCUUUAUUUUAAAGUAUUAAAAACUUUACUCAAAUAUACUUCUAAUGACGCAUAAGACAGGGCGCAUACUGUAGAAUAUAUUUUAUACCAGUAUAAUGUCCAUGUAAUGUGUCGUAUGCACAUUUUAAAAUUUAACUUGACAUUCAUUUUGAAAGUAAUUUUGCAUAAAAUUCAUACUAUAAAUUGUAUGUGUGUAUAAAAUUACUUGCAAAAUGUUUAUGAGUAAAUUAACAAAGUCAAUGACACCUUUUUAUAAAGAUAACAAUAAUUUUAUUACUGAGUUAUACUAAACAGCGUUUAUCAUUUAAACAUUUUUCAGAUAAAUAUUUGGUAAUAAAGUUGAUUCAGUUGUUGGCUGUUGGUAGUGCCUGUCUACAAGUGUGCUUCUGUUAAGCAAGUUUUGUCAUAUACAAGUAAGAUUAUUACUAAAUUCACCAAAUCGCAUAACCAUGAUAUUUCGAGAUUACACAGAAAUUUUGAUUGAAAACAUGAAUACUGCAGCAUUUAAAUGAAAUGUGUAAGAUUUAAGGUUAUUUAUAUUAUUGCUAUUUUACACAAAUUUUAUUGUAGCUGUGUGAUUUUUUUUUUUUCAUUUCUAAAACACUCCACUUUGGUAGUUGUUUAAUAUUACAUAAUGUAUGUUAUUAGUUUUAUUUCACAAAAUGUCUUUAAUUUUUGCUUAUAACUAUAAUGUUAGUUAAUGACGCUAGGGCCUUUAUGGUGUAUAUUAAUACAAAUAAUUUUAAUACCAAAA